UAUAUAUUAGAAGAAAUAUAAAUUCAUAAUAAUGAAAAUAGUCAUUGAUUUUAGCGGUUACUACUUUAAAAAUAAAUUUACAAUAAAAGAAUUUUGUUUGUGCCGAUUAGUUAAUUUUAGAGUGAUAACUGAGCCAGUAAUAAUCGCUAAAGAUCCGCAAUUUUCUGUUCCGUCGCAACCGUACACUAAUAGUUACAAAAAUUUUAUAGAUAAAUACGGUAUUAAAAACACCCGUAAUUUAUAUCCAUUAAAUCGAUUACGUCAAAAAUUGAGGGUCAUACUUGCUCACAAUGAUCUUAUUUACGUACGAAAUGGUCAGCAAGUGAGUGAAUUAAUGAGUUUUCUCAACAACAGUAGAUAUUAUCGUAACAAAAUAAAACCAUUGAGUGAUUUAGGUUUCAAAGAUAACUAUGAAUUAACUCAAACAAAUUGUCCUCAUCAUGUUAAUAAAUCAAAUAAUUAUUGCGCGGGUGAUAAUGCAAAAUUCAUGGCUGAUUGGUUAGUUGGAAAAUUAAAUAAAAUACAAUUACUUAAAAAUAUGCAAUUGGUUAUUAAUUUCAGCGGAUACUAUGAUUUAAAUAAUGAAUUUAUAAUAAAAGAACUGAGUAUUUAUGGAUUAAGUAAUGACGGUUAUGUUAUUUAUCAUAAAUUAUAUGUGACUAAACCAGCAAAUGAUUUAACUGAUAGUUUUAUGAAUGAAGUCGAUAAAAAUAAUUACAACGAUAUUUAUUAUGAUAAUUUCGGAAUUAAGUAUGAAGAUGGUAACUAUGAUUUAUUUCGUAUAUAUAAAAAAAUCAGUAAAUUAUUAAUGAAAUACGAUAUUAAAAUAAUUUAUGUUAAAAAUGAUUAUUAUUACAAUCUUUUGAGUAAAAUUAUUGAAAAUAUUAAAAAAUAUGAUGCUGAAAAUAUUAAACGAUUUGACGUUAUUUGUUUGGAAGAUUACAAUUAUAUUGAUACAUAUGAUACAUAUCCCAAUUGUGAGUAUCAUAAACAUGAGGAUAAUAACAAAAAUAUAUGUGUCGAUAGCAGGGCGGUUACUAUGGUUUAUUGGAUACUAACUAACGAGUUUUAUAAAUCUGAGGUUAGGAAUCGGUUUUCUGGAAUUACUUUAAACGAUGAUAUUAAUAUUUAUGGGAAUGAUGAUAUCGAUGAUGAAUUGGUUAAUCAAUUUACAAUAAAUGAUAGUAAUGAAUUGCCAUCAAUCAAUUCUGAUGAUUUAGAAUGGUUAUAAAACGAUUUUAAUGAUCUAUAAAAAAUUAAUCAUAAUAA